GAAGCCCUUCGUGGCGCCCAUCAUCCAAGAGCUCAUCCUGAAGCAGCAGCCCGAAAAGACCCGGGCAUAUGUUGACACUAUCUCUUCAUGGGGCUUUGUCCGGGCUGUGCCAGCCCACUUCAGCUGCCCGAUACAGAUCUCUCCCAAGCAGUUUCGCGACAUCUUCUCCUUCACGAGGGCGGAGGCCCAAGGGGCGAACCUCAG